GCGGGCAGGCAGGUGAGGGAGCGCGUGCUGCUGCUGGCUCCGGCUCCGGCUCUGGCUCGAGCGCGGCGGUUUGUUCGUCUCUCCGGAUAAAAGGCCGGCAGUGGGCGGGAGGAGGGAGACAGAGCGACAGCUCCUGCCCAGUGCCCGUCGGCCCACCACUAACGCCGGCCCUUCUCCUUAUUUAAAAAAACACAUAUAUAUAUAUAUACAUAUAAAUAUCAAAAAGGUGCGCUCUCAGUUAGCAUUGUCGCGCAGUUAUGCUGGUCAUCAAGUACCAUGCUAGUCCUAUUUUCCGUGGAGGUCUUGAUGUGGUCAUCUAAAAACUAAUGUUGUGAGAGUGUCCACCUUCACCACCCACUUGGAUAGUGUGUUCCAGAUUUUGUCAUCUGUGUUAAAAAAAUAUUUCCUGGAAUUUCCUGUGCCUCAAACUGCUGUCUGGUCGGAGGAACAGCACAUCAUAUUUCGCUUGGGCAGCGUACACCUCAGCGAAAUGAGUCGUCAGACUGCCACAGCACUCCCUACAGGUACAUCAAAGUGCACUCCUGCCCAGAGAGUCCCUGCAUUGACGGGAACCACAGCUUCCAAUAGUGAUUUGGCAAGUCUAUUUGAGUGUCCGGUUUGCUUUGACUAUGUGCUGCCACCAAUUCUUCAGUGCCAGAGCGGCCACCUUGUCUGCAGCAACUGUCGUCCGAAGCUUACAUGCUGCCCCACUUGCAGGGGCCCAUUGGGCUCCAUUCGUAACCUGGCGAUGGAAAAAGUGGCUAACUCUGUACUGUUCCCCUGUAAGUAUGCCUCUUCAGGUUGUGAGAUAACACUACCGCACACAGAGAAAGCAGACCACGAGGAACUCUGUGAGUUCAGGCCAUACUCGUGUCCUUGCCCUGGAGCCUCGUGUAAAUGGCAAGGCUCUCUGGAUGCUGUAAUGCCACACCUGAUGCAUCAACACAAGUCGAUCACAACCUUGCAGGGUGAGGACAUAGUUUUCCUGGCCACAGACAUAAACCUUCCAGGGGCAGUAGAUUGGGUCAUGAUGCAGUCCUGUUUUGGCUUUCAUUUUAUGUUGGUCUUGGAAAAACAAGAAAAAUACGAUGGCCACCAGCAGUUUUUUGCCAUAGUACAGCUAAUUGGAACACGCAAACAAGCUGAAAACUUUGCAUAUAGACUUGAACUGAAUGGCCACAGACGGCGAUUGACUUGGGAAGCAACUCCUCGAUCAAUUCAUGAAGGCAUUGCCACAGCCAUUAUGAAUAGUGACUGUCUGGUUUUUGACACUAGCAUUGCACAGCUUUUUGCAGAAAAUGGUAACUUGGGAAUCAAUGUAACGAUCUCAAUGUGUUGAAACCAUGACAUUUCAUAAAUUCUCUUUCCAGGGGCCGGAAAUGGGGCAGUAAAUGCUGUACAUUGAGCUAAAUAUUGGAGGAACUGUGCAACAUUUUGCUGCUGAGCAUUUAUCAGACUGGCUUCAUGGAUUCUGUUUGAAGUCACAAUUCUAACGUAGAACUGGCUUGCAGCAAAGUUAACACUAAUUAUAAAUGCAGUAAACCACUGAAGAGACAUUUUUUUGUAGAAAAUAGUGCUAGGAGCCUUAAGAAAAUGGGCAUAAACACUUGCAAGUGCUACAAUCCUGUUUGUUUUGACUGUACUCAGCUAAAAGUGUUGAAAUUGUUCUGAUUGUCUUUACCGACAAGCCAUGUUGUGCAGUUUAAGUUGCUGCUUUUCUCAUUUGUUUCUACAUAGAAUUGCUGCUGUUUUGUGUAAAUUUUGUGUAUGGAUAUUUUUUAUGAACUUACUAGUUUUUCAUCAAUAAAUUUCCCUUCCUUUUUUGU